AUGCUAACAAGGAGCCGGGACCUGUUGCGUGGCCGCGAGAUGCGGCCGUCGCCAGCCAAUGGCGGGGGAGCGUCCGCCCUCGGAGAGCCGCGAUUGGCUGCUGCCGCCGUAGGGGGGGCGAACCCGGGGGGCAAACUUAGGCAGCCGGGCACAGACCGUGCCAGGCGAGAAAAGCGACCCGCCGAGCUUCCGCGAGCUUCCCGAAGGCGCGCGAUUUCCCGAUCACCACGCCGCGUUGAUCACAGUACAACCGAUGCCGCGGCUGACAGAGCUGUGCGCGGUAUUAGGGCAGCCUGUUGGUUACCGCGAGACAUGUCGCUGGGCAAGCAGCCGGCUGAGCACAUAAAGAGGCCGAUGAACGCCUUCAUGGUGUGGUCGAGGGGCCAGCGGCGGAAGAUGGCGCAGGACAACCCGAAGAUGCACAACUCGGAGAUAUCGAAGAGGCUGGGCGCCGAGUGGAAGCUGCUCACUGAGAUGGAGAAGAGACCGUUCAUAGACGAGGCGAAGAGGCUAAGAGUGGGAUAUCUCCUGGCGAGAAGAAUUAAUCUGCGCAAGCCUGCAAUUGUCAACUGGGUGCUGACGUGCCUAGGACACGCUAGCAGCCUGUGGCAGACAGCUGCCUCAGGCUGG